AUGACGGAGGUGUCAUCCACCCGACUCUACCUUGGGAAUCUUCCCCGCAAUGUGACUAAACAGGAUAUCGAGGAGCAUUUCAGUACCCAUGGGUCGGGUAAGAUUACGGAGAUCAAGCUGAUGAAUGGCUUCGGCUUCAUUGAGUAUGAAGAUGCCAUGGACGCUCGCGACGUCGUUCCCGCCUUCCAUGGCAGUGACUUCAAAGGCGAGCGGCUAACCGUGCAGUUUGCUCGUGGCCCCCGGCGCAAGGAGGCAUUCCCUGGUCCUCCUUCGGAUCGCCCCGCUGCUCCACGCCCGCGUCGUACUAUGUUCCGGAUGCAAAUCUCCGGUCUCCCAGAAACAAGUUGGCAGGACCUUAAAGACUUUGCUCGACAGUCUGGACUGGAUGUCGUCUAUUCGGAAACUGGCCGUGAACAAGGAAGAGGGUUUGUUGAAUUCGAAACCGCCAACGACCUCAAGACAGCCGUGGAAAAGCUAGACCAGCGGGAGUUCAAAGGCUCGCGCGUGACUUGCGUUGCCGAUAUCCAGAGCCAUGAAGACCGUCCCCCCCGGGAUCCGUACCGGUCUCGUUCCCGCGUCGGCCAUACCCCCCCCAUGGAUGAAUAUGACCGAAGGUUCCCGGCUCCUCGAGGAUACAGCCCCGGGAUCACUAUCGUGAACGGUCGCCCAUUCCGAUUCGCCGCGAGUACUACGAACGUGAUGGAUAUGGACGUCGUACUCCCCCACGCCCUCGGAUGGAAGACUACCCACCCCCGCGUCGUCCCUAUGAGGAUCCAUAUGAUGCCAGGCCCCCGCCUCCCCCGCGCCACUAUGAUGAUCCAUAUCUAG